AGUGAAUAGUCCUCGCGCGAGCGGGACACGGCGGUGGAUGCAAUUCCCUUCGCCUCCAGCCGCCAGGAGCUCCCUGGCGCCGCAGGCACCGACCUCUUCCCCAGCAGCUGAGCAGGCACCUGGGCAGCCUGGACCCUUGUGCCCUGCUCCCGGGGCCUCGCGCGGGGGGCGCCCCGGGACACCCCCUGCGGGCCGGGUGGAGGAAGAAGAGGAAGAAGAAGAGGAGGAGGAGGAGGAAGACGGGGAGCAGGACCUCCACUGCCCGCGGAACACUUGGCUCCGUCGCUGCCACUUCUUUUUAAAGGGGAGAAGAGAGCCUGGGAGAGCCAUGGGGGGCUGCGAAGUCCUAGAAUUUCUUUUGCAAUUUGGAUUCUUUCUGCCGCUGCUGACAGCUUGGCCGGGCGACUGCAGUCACGUCUCCACCAACCAAGUUGUGUUGCUUGAUACAACAACGGUGCUAGGAGAACUCGGAUGGAAAACAUAUCCAUUAAAUGGGUGGGAUGCCAUCACUGAAAUGGAUGAGCACAACAGGCCCAUUCAUACUUACCAGGUAUGCAAUGUCAUGGAACCAAACCAAAACAACUGGCUUCGUACAAACUGGAUCUCCAGGGAUGCCGCCCAGAAAAUUUAUGUGGAAAUGAAGUUCACACUGAGGGAUUGUAACAGCAUCCCGUGGGUCUUGGGGACCUGCAAAGAAACAUUUAAUCUGUAUUAUAUGGAAUCAGAUGAGAGCCACGCAAUUAAAUUCAAGCCAAGCCAGUAUACAAAAAUCGACACAAUUGCUGCUGAUGAGAGUUUUACCCAGAUGGAUUUGGGUGACCGCAUUCUCAAACUCAACACGGAAAUUCGAGAAGUGGGGCCUAUUGAAAGGAAAGGAUUUUACCUGGCUUUUCAGGACAUUGGGGCAUGCAUUGCCCUGGUCUCAGUACGCGUUUUCUACAAAAAGUGUCCCUUCACUGUGAGGAACUUGGCCAUGUUUCCUGACACCAUCCCAAGGGUUGAUUCUUCUUCCUUGGUUGAAGUCCGUGGCUCUUGUGUGAAGAGUGCUGAAGAGCGAGAUACUCCUAAACUGUACUGUGGUGCUGACGGGGACUGGCUGGUUCCUCUGGGAAGGUGUAUCUGUAGUACCGGAUAUGAAGAAAUCGAGGGUUCUUGCCACGCUUGCAGACCAGGAUUCUACAAAGCAUUUGCUGGGAACACAAAGUGUUCCAAAUGCCCUCCACACAGUUUAACCUACAUGGAAGCCACUUCUGUCUGUCAGUGUGAAAAGGGUUAUUUCCGAGCAGAGAAAGACCCUCCUUCCAUGGCAUGCACUAGGCCACCUUCAGCUCCUAGGAAUGUGGCUUUUAACAUCAAUGAAACAGCCCUAAUUUUGGAAUGGAGCCCACCAAGUGACACAGGAGGGAGAAAAGAUGUCACCUACAGUGUAAUCUGUAAGAAAUGUGGCUUAGACACCAGCCAAUGUGAGGACUGUGGUGGAGGACUCCGCUUCAUCCCAAGACAUACUGGCCUAACCAACAACUCUGUGAUAGUACUUGACUUUGUUUCUCACGUGAAUUACACCUUUGAAAUUGAAGCCAUGAAUGGAGUUUCUGAGUUGAGUUUUUCUCCCAAGCCAUUCACAGCUAUUACAGUGACCACGGAUCAAGAUGCACCCUCUUUGAUAGGAAUGGUAAGAAAGGAUUGGGCGUCACAGAAUAGCAUCGCCCUAUCAUGGCAGGCACCUGCUUUUACCAAUGGAGCCAUUCUGGACUACGAGAUCAAGUACUAUGAAAAGGAGCAUGAGCAGCUCACCUACUCCUCCACGCGGUCCAAGGCCCCCAGCGUCAUCAUCACAGGUCUCAAGCCGGCCACCAGAUACGUAUUUCAUAUCCGAGUAAGGACGGCAACAGGAUACAGUGGCUACAGUCAGAAGUUUGAAUUUGAAACAGGAGAUGAAACUUCUGACAUGGCGGCCGAACAAGGGCAGAUCCUGGUGAUAGCCACUGCGGCGGUUGGGGGAUUCACUCUCCUGGUCAUCCUCACUUUAUUCUUCCUCAUCACUGGGAGGUGCCAAUGGUACAUAAAGGCUAAAAUGAAGUCAGAAGAAAAGAGACGAAACCAUUUACAAAAUGGAAAUUGUGAAUUUGGAGAAGUCUGUAGUGGACGUUUGAAGACACCAGGGAAAAGAGAGAUCCCAGUAGCCAUUAAAACUUUGAAAGGUGGCCACAUGGAUCGACAAAGAAGAGAUUUUCUGAGAGAAGCUAGCAUCAUGGGUCAAUUUGACCACCCAAAUAUCAUCCGCCUCGAAGGUGUUGUCACCAAGAGAUCCUUUCCAGCCAUUGGGGUGGAAGCAUUUUGCCCCAGCUUCCUGAGGACAGGUUUUCUAAAUAGUAUCCAGGCCCCAAAUCCAGUGCCAGGAGGAGGAUCUUUGCCCCCCAGGAUUCCUGCUGGCAGACCAGUAAUGAUUGUGGUAGAAUAUAUGGAAAAUGGAUCCUUAGACUCCUUUUUGCGGAAACACGAUGGCCACUUCACCGUCAUCCAGCUGGUCGGCAUGCUCCGAGGGAUUGCAUCUGGCAUGAAGUAUCUCUCUGAUAUGGGCUACGUUCAUCGGGAUCUAGCAGCGAGGAAUAUUCUGGUAAACAGCAACUUAGUAUGCAAAGUUUCGGAUUUUGGUCUUUCCCGGGUGCUGGAAGAUGAUCCAGAAGCCGCUUACACAACAACUGGUGGGAAAAUCCCUAUAAGAUGGACAGCCCCAGAAGCUAUUGCCUACAGAAAAUUCUCCUCAGCAAGUGAUGCAUGGAGCUAUGGCAUUGUCAUGUGGGAGGUGAUGUCCUAUGGAGAAAGGCCUUACUGGGAAAUGUCUAACCAAGAUGUCAUUCUGUCCAUUGAGGAAGGUUACAGACUACCAGCUCCCAUGGGCUGCCCAGCGUCUUUACACCAGCUGAUGCUCCAUUGCUGGCAGAAGGAGAGAAAUCACAGACCGAAAUUUACUGACAUUGUCAGCUUCCUUGACAAACUGAUCCGAAAUCCCAGUGCCCUUCACACCCUGGUAGAGGACAUCCUUGUAAUGCCAGAGUCGCCUGGUGAAGUUUCUGAAUAUCCUUUGUUUGUCACAGUUGGUGACUGGCUGGACUCUAUAAAGAUGGGGCAAUAUACGAAUAAUUUCAUGGCUGCAGGUUUCACAACUUUUGACUUGAUUUCAAGAAUGAGCAUUGAUGAUAUUCGGAGAAUUGGAGUCAUACUCAUUGGACACCAGAGACGAAUAGUCAGCAGCAUACAGACUUUACGUUUACACAUGAUGCACAUACAAGAGAAAGGAUUUCAUGUAUGA